GUUGUCAAGCAUGGUUGUCAUUUGCAUCCCCUCAAACUUAUGGGUGGUGUCGAAAAUGAUUCUAAGGAGUAUAAUUGUGACAUGUGCAUGGAAAAAGGAAAUCCAGAGCAUUAAGUCUACUCUUGCGAGGAAUGCACCUAUAUUGCCUACAUUGAGACUGCAAGAAAAGAAAUUUGUCAUAGAUUUGUUUCCAAAAUUAGUAUCGCUUCAGGACGAAACUCCUGAAGAGAUAUUAUCAUACUUGGUACCUCGGAACAGGCAAAUGAUGUUGGACUCAGACCUGGGAAAGGCUCCUAGUGAACUGGAUAAGAAAGGAGAAGAAAAUGCUACAGAGAGCUCUGUCCCGGAUAAUCAACUACAUGAAAAAAUUACAGGAAUAUAGGCCUUGAUGGAGGAACUACCAAUACAACAACUAAAGGCGCUUGUGGAAGAAAGGAGACAAAAUGUUGUGUCUGAAGUCAUGAACUUGUGAGGAGAAAUUCUCGAAAGUGAAAGCUAUACAUAUGAUGUUCUAAGGUGUGCAUAUGGGUUCAGAGACAUUCCUUGAAGUAAUUCUUGCAAUUCUGCUACCUCCUGUUGGAGUCUUUAUGCGUUAUGGUUGAGGAGUGGAGUUCUGGAUAGAUCUGUUGUUAACAAUCCUGGGUUACAUACCCGGGAUUAUAUAUGCCAUUUGUGUGUUAGUUGGAUAGUAGGCAGUAGACUUGUGAAAAUGUUAGUAAUGUUUUCUGAUUUAGAUAUUUUUGUUGAAUAAAACUUGUUUUGUUCC